GGGGCGGGAUGUGGGGCGGCGGCGGGGCCGGGGACCCCGAGGGCGCCGCCCCCCUGCGCCCGCGGAGCCGCCGCCCGAGCGCGGAGCCCGGAGCCCGGGGCGGACGCGGCGCGCGGGGAGAGUCCGCGGGCGGCGGGGAGCUCGGGCCGGCCGCGCAGCCCGCCCGGACCCGCCGAGCGCUCGCCGCCUCCCCCGCCGACCCCCAGGACGCGGCCAUGCCGGGCCCGGCGGAGGCGGGCGGGGCCGAGGAGGAGGCCGGGGCCGGCUCCGGGUCCGAGGCGGAGGAGGACGCGCUGUGGGAGCGGAUCGAGCGCGUCCGGCACCGGCUGACGCGCGCCCUGAACCCGGCCAAGCUCACGCCGUAUCUGCGCCAGUGCCGGGUCAUCGACGAGCAGGACGAGGAGGAGGUGCUGAGCACCUACCGCUUCCCGUGCCGCGUCAACCGCACCGGGCGCCUGAUGGACAUCUUGCGCUGCCGCGGGAAGAGGGGCUACGAGGCCUUCCUGGAGGCCCUGGAGUUUUACUACCCGGAACACUACACUCUGCUCACGGGCCGGGAGCCUGCCCAGCGCUGCUCCAUGAUCCUUGAUGAAGAGGGGCCCGAGGGCCUGACCCAGUUCCUGAUGACGGAGGUGCGGAGGCUGCGGGAAGCUCGAAAGAGCCAGCUGCAGCGGGAGCAGCAGCUGCAGGCGCGGGGCCGGGUGCUGGAGGAGGAGCGGGCAGGGCUGGAGCAGCGGCUGCGGGAGCAGCAGCAGGCCCAGGAGCGCUGCCAGCGGCUGCGGGAGGACUGGGAGGCGGGCAGCCUGGAGCUGCUCCGGCUCAAGGAUGAGAACUACAUGAUCGCCAUGCGCCUGGCCCAGCUCAGCGAGGAGAAGAACUCGGCCGUGCUGCGCAGCCGCGACCUGCAGCUGGCGGUGGAUCAGCUCAAGCUCAAGGUCAGCCGGCUGGAGGAGGAGUGUGCACUGCUGCGUAGGGCCCGCGGGCCGCUGCCCGGGGCUGACGAGAAGGAGAGGGAGCCGGACAGCGUGGACCUGGUCUCCGAGCUGCGGGCUGAGAACCAGCGGUUGACGGCAUCGCUGCAGGAGCUGCAGGAGGGCCUGCAGCAGGAGGCGAGCAGGCCGGGGGCCCCAGGCUCUGAGCGCAUCCUCCUGGACAUCCUGGAGCAUGACUGGCGGGAGGCGCAGGACAGCAGGCAGGAGCUGUGCCAGAAGCUGCAUGCCGUGCAGGGGGAGCUUCAGUGGGCUGAGGAGCUGCGGGACAAGUACCUACAGGAGAUGGAGGACCUGCGUCUUAAGCACCGCACGCUGCAGAAGGACUGUGACCUGUAUAAGCACCGCAUGGCCACCGUCCUGGCCCAGCUGGAGGAGAUCGAGAAAGAGCGGGACCAGGCCAUCCAGAGCCGAGACCGCAUCCAGCUGCAGUACUCCCAGAGCCUCAUCGAGAAGGACCAGUACCGCAAGCAGGUGCGGGGGCUGGAGGCCGAGCGGGACAAGCUGCUGACCACGCUCACCACGCUGGAGGGCACUAAAGCACUGCUGGAGGCCCAGCUGCAGCGGAGCCAGGGUGGCUCCAGCCUCAAGGCCUGUACCUCCUCCCAUUCCCUGUGCUCCAACUUCAGCAGCACCUGGAGUCUCAGCGACUUCCCCUCCCCGCUGGGAGGCCCAGAAGCAGCCGGGGAAGUGAGGGAAGUGACCAUCGCCGGGGGUUCUGAGCCUCACACCUCGGAGGAGGCCACCGACAGCGAGAAGGAGAUCAACCGCCUGUCCAUCCUGCCCUUUCCCCCCAGCGCCGGCUCCAUCCUCCGGAGGCAGCGGGAGGAGGACCCCGAGCCCCCUAAGAGGUCCUUCAGCAGCAUGUCGGACAUCACAGGGAGUGUCACCCUUAAGCCCUGGUCCCCUGGCCUCUCUUCAUCGUCCUCCUCUGACAGCGUGUGGCCUUUGGGAAAGCCGGAAGGCCUCCUGGGCCGAGGCCCAGGCCUGGGCCUUCUGAACAGGUCUCUGGCUUUCCGAAUGUCUGGCUGGAGCCCCUCAGGUGGCCAAGAGUCUCAGGACAAGGGCCCAGAUGGCCUGCCCUUCGGUGGUGACAGAUGGCCUGGGGCCGUGGUGCGGAGGGUGCUGUCUGGCCCUGGGUCAGCCAGGACUGAACCAUGUGAGCCCAGGGCAGAAGGUGCUGGCCUGGAGGGGGCCGGCCUGGAGGCCGAGACCCAGCAGAGAUCCUUGGUGUGCACACUACCCUCACGGCUGGACUCAAAGGCCUGCCAGUCCUUCCACGAGGCCCUCGAUGCCUGGGCGAAGAGACCGGGAUCUGAGCCCUUUUACAUUCGAGCCAACCUCACCCUGGCUGAGCGGGCGGAUCCCCAUGCCCUCUCUGUGAAAGCUCAGGAGAUCCUGCGGCUGGUGGACCCGGCCUACAAGCGGCGGCAGGAAUGGUUCUGCACCCGGGUCGACCCCCUCACGCUGCGGGACCUGGACCGGGGCACAGUGCCCAAUUAUCAGAGAGCCCAGCAGCUCCUUGAAGUCCAGGAGAAAUGCCAGUCUUCCAGUCGGCACCGGAGCCCCCGCAGUAAUCUGAAGAAGCGAGCGCUGGGGCUGGUGAGGCCCAAGCCUGUGGGAGGCCCUGCAGGGGACCCCUCGGAGCAGCUGCUGCCAGAGCCCUGCUCAGAGCCAGAGCGGAGCCUCAAGCCCUACAGCCUGGUGCGGCCGCUGCUGGUGUCUGCGCUGCGGCCGGUGGUGCUGCUGCCUGAGUGCCUGGCGUCCCGGCUCAUCCGCAACCUGCUGGACCUGCCCAGCUCCCGGCUGGACUUCCAAGUGUGCUCAGCAGAAAGCCUCUCUGGGGAGGAACAGUGCUCGCCCUCGGCCCCUGGAGCCCCCAAGGCCCGACCCACCACCCCUGGGCUGGGCAGCAGGAUCCGCACCAUCCAGGAGCUGGUUGGGAAGAAGCACUGCCUGUUGGAGCUGGGUGUGCGGGGCGUGCGGGAGCUGGUGCAGAACGAUGUCUACCCCAUCGUUAUCCACGUGGAGGUGACUGAGAAGAAUAUCCGCGAGGUCAGAGGCCUCCUGGGCCGGCCAGGCGCUCGGGACUCGGAGCUGCUUCGGCAGUGCCGCAGCGUGGAGCAGGCACUCUGGGGGCUGCCCUGCUCCUGGGUGCAGGUGCCUGCGCAUGCGUGGGGUCACGCGGAGGAGCUGGCCAAGGUGGUGCGUGGCCGCAUCCUGCAGGAGCAGGCCCGCCUCGUGUGGGUGGAGCGGGGCAGCAGUGGUGGCAGCGGCAGCUGCAGCGAGGCCUGAGGCCCACCGAGGGUGAGCUUCCGGCGUCCGAAGCCUGGCUUCCUGUGUGCGAGGCCUGGCUUCCUCCAUCUGACGCCUGGGUUUCUUCCGUUGGAAACCUGACUUCCUGCGUCUGAGACCUGGCUUCAUUGGAAACCUGGUUCCCUCCAUCCAGGCCUGGCUUCCUCUCUCACUGCAGAAGCUGCUGGCCAGUAGGACCCUGUGUCUGUGGUCAGCUGGGCCCUCCCAUCCUGAGCCAUCCUUGAACUUUGGACGCUCUGACGUGGAACCCUUGGCUCUGGGCUCCACCUGUGUUAUUCAUGCCCUGUCGAGAGGCUGCAGGAGCUCAUGGGCCAGAGCAUCCACUUACCCCUGUACUUGCUGCUGUGGGCCUUCCUGUUGGUCACCCUGUGUCCCCACAUUCCCACUUGAGGGUCUUGCCCGUAUGUCUGUGUCUUCUCCUUAAAUGUCUACCCUGGGGUCUGGGUUCUCACAGCCUGUGCACGGGUUUGCACACUCAAGUUCUCAUGGGGCAGGUGUGGUUCUGCCCUUUCCCGGAUCCACAGGGUCUCCCUUGGUCCUUAGCUUCAAGGUGCACUGAGCCUGGCACCUCGGGACCCCUGCCCCCCAAGCAGCUACACAUCCGUGUACGCUGCCACCUGUGGCCAUCGUGGCUGCCUUGGUCCACUGUUGCCUGUAUCCCUCAGGCUUCCUUGUGUGUGUCUGUGGGUCUCUCCUGUGUAAAUGUCACACUCACUCCCCGACACUUGGGCACUAACAGGUGUGUGUUCCCCGAGAGCACACCCAGGAUCAUGUUCUCACAGCUGCCCUGUCCCAAGCCCCCAGGGCCUGGCAGGGCCAGCUGCUCUGUCCCGAAUGUACGCCUGUGAUUACUGACGGGCCUUUCCCUCAGAAGCUGCACAAUAUGGAACAUUAAACACGUUGUCGUACA